AUGUCUGAAGCUAAAGUCGCUAGUGCGAAUACUGCACCUGCUUCUUCCAUGCCACAUACGCUAAGAAUGUCAUGGAGACAGUGGCGCACAGAGAGCAGCUCGGCAUAUGCUAAAAGAUGCGAGUUAGAGGUGUUAGAUAGUGUUGAUUUUAUCCGUGAAAAUGAAAAAGACCCAAAUAGGUUGGUUGAGAUAUAUGAUUUUCCUCUUCAUGAGAAUGAGGGCUUGAUUCAUGAACUCUGUGUCAGUGACAAGAAAACAGGAAAAGAAAAUAAGAAGAAUGUGGUUUAUUUGCACGGAUAUGGAGCUGGACUUGGAUUUUUUUUUCAAAACAUCGAUGAGUUAACGAAAGAAACAACAAAAACGCACAACAGUUACUUUAUCGAUUGGCUGGGUAUGGGUAACUCCUCUCGUCCACCAUUUAAGCUUAAGGGAGCGAACGCGUCUGAGCGAGUGCACGAAGCCGAAAGUUUCUUUGUGGAAUCGUUGGAAUGCUGGCGUGAGAAACAUAAAAUCGAGAGCAUGUCUCUUGUAGGCCAUAGUCUUGGAGGAUAUCUAAGCACAGUUUAUGCAAUGCGCUAUCCUGAUCGAAUUGAAAAACUGAUUUUGGUAAGCCCAGUUGGUGUUCCAGAGUGUCCGUACGCGACUUAUGACGACGCUGAAGAAUAUCCAAGCGUUACCGCCUCUGCACUUCAUGCUAUGACGGAUGAUACACCAAAUACGAAUGUAACAAACGAAUUAUUACAAUCGCAAGACGAGACAUCUGGAAAAGCCUCCCCUGGUUCUGUCAAGCCGAGGAAUCCUCUUCCGAGAUGGGCUACCUUUUUAUGGGAGCAAAACAUAACACCUUUCGCUCUCUUAAGAUACAGUGGACCUCUGGGACCCAAGCUAACUAGCCUUUGGACUUCCAGACGCUUUUCGACUUUACCAGAGAAUAUAGCUCAAGCACUACAUUCUUAUUGCUAUUCCAUUUUUCGUUUGAAAGGCUCUAGUGAAUACGCUCUUGGAAGUUUACUAGCACCUGGUGCUUUUGCGAGAAAGAGCAUUCAUAAUCGAUUGCAUAGAGUUAAAUGCCGAACCAUUUUUAUGUAUGGCGAUAAAGAUUGGAUGGACGAUAUAGCUGGUUUAAAAGCAGUCGAGACUUUAUUGCAACAAAACGUUGAAGCUGAACAUCAUUAUAUAUUAAACGCUGGCCAUCACUGUUAUUUAGAUAAUCCAAAAGACUUUAAUUCGUUGGUUUUGAAAGAGAUUCUUGAAAGAAAGUGA